UGAACCGUUGAGUUCCACUAUGAGAUAUUACUCUUUGAAGCGAUCUAUAAGACAUUUAGUUAUGUGCUGUUAUAUAGACUGAACGAGCCGCCGUUGGUGAUGAUCAACAUCCAGAGAGGUUCUGGGAACGCUGGGAGGCGAGCGGAUAGCCUGAUGUGAAGCAAGCCACUGAGGCGAGUAGAGAAGCUCCACUCCAGUGACUCUGGUAGGUUGACCCUGAGCGGAGAAUACGCCGUGCUGUCAGUCCGGUGUGAAGUGUGGCGGUGUGAGGAGUUUAGCUGCACUCACCGCUGGUAUAGCUGAGUCGGUAUAUAGACAGAGGGAGAAACGUUCAACAUGAGUUGAUAUGUGAAGGAAGCAAUGCCUCGUUGUAGACGGAAAGUUUCUGCUGUAGUGUGUGUCAUCUGUACAACUGUACUCUGUCUCAACACUCUGAUUGUACUGAGACUAUCCAACACUGCCACCCUCGUGGAAGGGGGUGGGGGCAGCCAGCCCCACCCCGUCCAGGACUUCGGGGACUCGGCCGGAUUGGCCCACCUGCCCGCUUGGCGGAAGAGACUGAACAAGAGUAACUACACCAGUGACACAAGCCCCGAGGGGGAGGGUGUCGGGGUGGGUGUCGGGGUGGGUGACCAUGAACCCUAUAAACUCAACUAUAUGCCUCCACAGAAGGCCCACGAAGGAGAGUCAGAGAAAACCUUAAAACACGUGCAAGAAAACAAGAAUAUGAGUUCGAACCCAAGGACGUUCAAAUCUAAUUAUUCCGACCCAAAACUGGAUAAUUUUCUACGUGUUCUUAAUAGAAUAAACAACGAAAGCUUCCCCUUCUCUACAUACGAUGGAGUUCCAUAUUCAAAAUUUUUGCGGAUGUACCGGAAAAGCUCGAGGAGGAAAGGAUUCGGUCUACCUGUUUACAAGAAUUACAAAGGAGUGACGAACUGGGAACGGUUCCACAUGGGGAUACACCAAUACGGUCUGUACAGCCAGGAAGACCACUACAUUGACGACUUGCUGAAGGACCUCGCCACGCUCCCCGUCGUCGAUGUUGAGCAAAAGGAGGGCGGUACCCAGCUCAAGCUUAUCCUGACGUACACAGACGAGGGCCAGUCGUUAUUCAAACCCAGAAGGUUUCCAAGGACAUAUGAGACGCCCCCGGACCAUUUUUACUUUGUGGACUUCGAGCGCCAUAAUGCUGAGAUAGCUGCUUUCAAUUUAGACAGGGUGCUGGGAUUCCACCGAGUGCCCCCGACCGCCGGCCGCAAGAUCAACAUGACCCACGACAUCAAACGCUUCGCUGACCACAAACUGGUCAAGACUUUCUUCUAUUCCCCAGCGGGCAACGUGUGCUUCCACGGUUCAUGCUCCUACUACUGUGACACGACUCACGCCAUCUGCGGCAACCCCGACACCUCGGAGGCGUCGGUCGCAACAUUCCUUCCGCCAGAAAAAAUAGCGCCCAGAAAAACAUGGCGGAACCCAUGGAAACGGUCGUACAGCAAGCACCGCAAAGCGUACUGGGAGGUUUACGAUGAUCUGUGCGACAAGGUGAGGAGUCGACCACCCUACAACACUGGUCGCCGGCUGCUGGACAUCAUGGACAUGACCGUGUUCGACUUUCUCACAGGCAACAUGGACAGGCACCAUUAUGAGACGUUCCUGGACUUCGGCAAUGAGACGUUCCUGAUGCACCUUGACAAUGGGAGAUCGUUCGGAAAGACGAAGCACGACGAGAUGUCCAUCCUAGCUCCCGUCAGCCAGUGCUGUUUGAUCCGUCAUUCCACCUUCAUUAAGCUUGUGAAGAUGUACCGCGGCCCCGAGAGCCUGAGCAGCGUCAUGAGACGUGUAUUGGCAGCGGACAUGAUCAGCCCUGUCCUCCUUGACACCUUCCUGGACGCGCUGGACAGAAGGGUGAUGAAGAUCCUUCAGAUGGUCAUGGACUGUGUCAACCGACGUGGUCAGCCCUACAAGUCCGUCAUCAUCGACGACUUCUUCUAAAGCAAA